GAGAGGAAAGAAGGAUUUUUGAAUGUCAAAUGUUCUUUUACUGAAUGAAGAGAAUGCACGGCUUAUUCUGUUCACAGAGGAAGAACGCUGAUCAAGAUUUAAGCUCAGCACAAAGCGGUGCCUUACCAGCCAAAACCAGCUUCACUAGUCACUCAACGAGGAACUGCAUAGGCAGAAUACGCAGUCAUGUUGACUGUUCUUUUGACCAUUUUAAUGUUUAGUCAAGGGCUUUCAAUGGACAGUCGUGGGACGAGUUUCAUCACUGCAUUCCCUGAGAAUAUUGCUGUUUAUUAUAAAAAGACCAUUAACCUACUCAAAAUCACCACCCUCCACCCAAACACUAUGGUCAGUGUCACCUCUAUAGCCACCGGCAUCGUCAACACCAAUGAAAGCCUCAGCAAUGGGACCAUUUUCACAGUGAAUUUGACAAAAGAGGAUGAAGAAUAUCAGUUUAUAUCUUCCAAUAAGUCGUUUCGAAUCACCAGUGAUAAAAACAUCACAGUUCUUUCUGUGAGUGGAUGGGAGGGGAGAUUCCAGUCUAAUGUUGUCCAGCCUGAACAAAAUCUUGGAACGGUGUAUCAGGUCCCCGCUCUGAAUUACACCAAGAUAGCCACGUCCUUUAGCCCUUUAAUAACAUCGGAGGGUAGAUUUCUCUUUUUUAGGUUGAUGAUUAUCAAUGCAGUGGACAAAGUCAACAAUGUCACCAUCAAACAGGUUGACGAAAGAGGUCAGAGCAAGGCAGAUAACGUAACGCUCGGUCCUUACAAGCUUUUUCAGAUUCAGAUUAAUGGGACGGUGAGAGAAAUAAUUGCAAAGGACAAAGUGGCUGUACUUCUGACCCAUCCGUGCUUUGACAGCAAAAACUGCUCCUGCAACAUGGUGGUGAACCAGCUCAAACCACCAGUGAUUGACGAUGAAAGGAUUCCAGUCAGAUUCCUCAUCCCCCCUAUCUUCAGUGCCAAACAGCUACUUGUGACAACAAAUCAACCCUUCAAAGUCUGUCAGGGUUUAUGUAAUAAUAUUAAUGGUAUUUUGGUGCAAAAUUCUACCGACAUCCUGCCAUUAUUCCCAAAUUUUACAAAUGCGUCCGUUAUUUCUACCAGCAUGCAUGUUUCCCUCCAAUUAAUCAGUCCUGGACUCAUUCUAGACCUCAUUCCGACAAGCAUGUUCUCUGGCUGCUAUCUGUUAGGUUUUAAUUCCUCACGCAGUGGGGCUUUGGUGAUUGCUAAUACAUCCAGGACUGAUGGUGUGAAAAUAAAUGAUCAGCCUUUACCUUCAGACAUCAAAUGGAAUGUUCUGAAUGGCACAGAGUACUCCUGGGCUCUGGUGGAGGCACAAGAGUUAGGCACUAUCUGGCAUCCUACUUCAAAGAUUGGUGUGUAUAUGAUAGAACUCUUGGAGUUCAACAAUAUCUAUGGGAGCCCAGCAAUAGCUAUAAAUAUGGACCCAGAUCGUAAUGGUUGUCUGGUGACUCCGGAGAUGUUUGUACUUGGUAAAGAUGAAAUGAGCUGGUUCAUGUCCCGUAAAUACUGCUUGGAAAAUGCUGAUCAGCUUGCCAGGUUUGUUGCUAAUGUCACCCUGGAAAAGAUGGCUUCAAACAUAACGCACCAAGAACCCACGGAGGGCUGGAUCGGUCUGCGGCGCGCCCUGUAUACAGCAGAGUGGUACUGGAAAAACGAGGACAACUUCCCAUCCACUGUGAACUUCACUUACUGGGAGGACGGACAGCCUGAAAAACCUGAGAAAGGCUUGUGUGCAUCAGUUUCCCUGGACCCCAAAAAGAAAUUCAUGUGGAAGAGCGCACGCUGCUGUUCUAAAAAGAAACCUGUUUGCUAUAACACCCCAAAAUAUCUCACUUACAGAGAUACUGCAAUACUGUAAACAACUGAUGUCUUAAUUGCAAUACUUGUAAUGUGAGCUCCAAACAUAUUUUUUGCUUCCAGAACUGUAUGUUUAGGGAUCAAUAGAGAAAAUAAUAUCAUUUUCAUUCUCAACAUUACUCUGUCUAUAUAUUUAUGCCCCUUUAUUUAUUUAGUAUAUGUUAUUUGGUGGGCAAUGACAUUAGUCUGGCGAUAUCAUUAGAGAUAGCAGUAAAAGGAAACUUGUUUAUUUAUUUAUUUAUUUUUUUUUUUUUUUUUAAGGCUAAAUAGAACUAUUAUUGGCAUAUUAGAUGUUAGUGUUCAAGUUGAGAUGUAUUUUGAGGUGUAUUAAGGCUAGGAUUUAAAUAAAUAAUUUUAAUAUGUAGAGUCCUAUAGAGUUCUAUGCUUUUUUUUUUUUGCUUUUUUAAAUACAAAAUAAUGUCAUAAUCUUUAUUUGCUAUUAAUUAAUAAAGUCAAGUCAGUUCAA